AUUUCGUUUUAGUAAUAAUAACUCUUAUCAUCAAACUCUCAUUCACAUAUAUACUUCAAAAAACAAACAUCUUGUGUUAUUAGUGUUGUUUUAUUAAUAAUGGCAUCACAACAAGCUAGAAGAGAGAAUGUAACGACUGAUGAAAGAGAAAUUGAAGUUGAGAAAGAUAGAGUACCCAAAAUGGCUAGUCAUUUUGAGUCUCUAGCUGACAAAGUUCAAGAAGCAACUUCUGAUGUUCAUCCUGGUGGUGCUGUUCAUGUCAAGAGUACGGUUAGUACUACUGUUACUGGUGAUGAUCAACGGGACCAGGGUGAACACGAAAAGAAAUCGACUCAAUCAAUGAUGCAACAAUCUCAAAGGCAGAAAGAACAAUCAUCUGAUAUUGCUGCACAAGGGGGUAAGCAACAAGUGUUUCAAGAGACACCAGGUGGUGUUAAAUUUGAAGUUCAUGAUCAAGAACAAAAAGAUUCCGAAGCUGGCGGUGUAGCUGGUGGUACUGAAGAGACAAGAGGUCCGUCAUUGGAAGAAGUUUCUCAGUACAGGCAAACAGCACAGCAGAAUUCAAUAGAUGCGAUAAGGGCUGCCGAAGAGCGCUAUGAAAAAGUCAAGAAUUCUGGUGCUUCCACAUUGCAUAAUGUUAAAGAAUCAGCAACACAAGGACUUGGUGCUACAGGUAGUUAUGCAGCAGAAAAAGGUGCACAAGCUAAAGACACUAUUACUCAAGGCCUUCAAAAGGGAACUCAAUAUUUUGCUAAAAAAGCAGGAGCUGCUAAAGACACAGCACUCGAAAAAGGCCAGGAAGUUUGUAACGUGACUAAGGAUACCCUUGCUAGUGCUGGACAAGCCACGGCACGAUCAGCACAACAAGCUAAGGAUUACGCAGCGCAAAAAGCAGGGGAGACAAAGGAAUAUGUUGCCCCAAAGACGGGGGAGGCUAAAGAAUAUGUCGUCUCAAAAACUGGGGAAGUUCAAGAACAAAGCAAGGGGGCAGCAAGUUAUGUAGGAGAAAAGGCUGCACAAGUUAAAGAUGCUACAUUAGAAACCGGUAAAGGCGCGGUAGGAUAUGCAGGGAAAGUAGCUGAAACAGUGAAGGACAAGGCAGUAGUAGCUGGAUGGGGAGCAGCACAGUUUACAGCUGAAAAGGCUGCUGAUGCUACUAAAGCUGUUGCUGGUGUUGCUUCUACUGUUGCAGGGUACGCAGGAGGAACGACAGUGGCCGCGAAGGAUUAUGUUGCUGAUGCUGGGAAGAAAACAGUGGGGUAUGCUGAGGACAAAUUGGCUGCUGCUAAGGAUUAUGUAGUUUCAGCUGAGGAAAGUGCAGCGGAGUAUGCAGCUAGGAAAAAAGCAGAAGCAGAGAGGGAUUUGGAAGCUAAAAAUUUACAAGAUGAGACCAAGGGAGAAAGCGGAGGAGGGUUCAUUGGAGGAGAAAAGCAAGAAUCAAAGGUCGAGCAGAAAGAGAGUGGAUUCAAACCAAAGGAGAAAAUUGAAGAAUCCUACGAGGAAGAUAAAUCAGGAGGAAAAGAAAGCGGGAAGCCGGCGGAAGGGGCAGCGGUGGUGCUGCAAGCCAUCGGCGAAACUAUAGUCGAGAUUGGGCAAACAACUACUGAACUUGUUGCUGGUCGUGACCCAUCUCAAACUGGAGAUGAACCAACAGUGGGAGCUGAGAAAGAGUCUACUACAAUAAAGAAAACUUAGGUGGACUCAUAUUCCGAGCCAUUUUAUUGUGUUUUGAUUUUCAUUUAGCAAUGUUGGUUUUUUGUAGGAUCUGGGAUGUGUGUAAUAACUAGCGUAAAUCGCAACAUGUGUUCUAUGUAUGUUCAACAUGUUUUCUAUGUAUGUUCAUGUUGAUAUUA